GUAAGUCUCAGAGGAAGUAGAGUAAAAUUGAGUUGAAAUGAGAUGGAUGUUACGGAAGAAAGAGGCCAAGGACCAAACAACACAGAAAAUCCAGAUACGUGGCACAGGGGGUCAGGGAUUGGUCACCUUAAUUCUCAGUUUGGAUUGAUAUAAUGGAAUUCUUUGGGCGAGGACUUGCCCUUCUUGCAAGACAACCCUUUUCACUAGCUAUAGUCUUUCUUAUGUUGUCAUAUUCUAAGUCAACUUGCGCAUCAGGCGGUUCAAUAGGGAUAUAUUUAUUGUGGAAAAGUUUAAGAGUGAAGUACAGCACACUCUCUUUAGAGAAUCAUACUUAUAAAGGGGAGAUUUUCUUGCACUUUUGCUUAUUUUCCAUUAAUAUCAUUGAUUCCUUAUCAUGGCCUUACAAUUCAAAAUGACCCCCCUUUUCAUUUUCAAAUCAUUAAUAUUCUUCCAGUUUCUGCUUGUUUCAGGUCAAGAUGGAAUAUGUCCAACCUCUUUUAGUUGUGGAUAUCUUGGCAAUAUUACCUUUCCUUUCACGAUUAAACAACACCCUCACUGUGGCUUAUUGACCAUAAGUGGUUGUGAUAACAAAAAUAUAUCUGCUCCCAAAACCAUCCAACUAGGCAAGACGCCAUCAAAACAGUUUAUUAGUGUUAUAUCCGUGGAUGGUGAUAUCAUUUCGGUCUCAGAUGAAGCUCAACGAAAGAAUUUGUUAUCCAAAAAAUGCCAAGCCUUUCGCAAUUAUACUCUUCCUCCCAAAUCUCUUUUAGGUUCUUUCUAUAUCAAAUAUAAUAUAACUAUGUUCAAAUGCAACCACUCCCUUAGUGUCACCCCUCCCAAAUUAUUUGUCAAAUAUACAAACACAAACUGUUCCGGUUAUAAUAUCUACUAUGACCCUCAAAAUGCUGAUAUACCUCCUGGUUUCAAAGUACCAAGCUCUUUGGCAAAGUGUACAAUGUUUCAGGUUGCAAUAAGAGACAUCCCUACUUCUCACCCCUUUGAUUUCCUAUCUUCUGAUAUCGCAAUUGAAGUACAAUUAUCUGAUGAUUGUAAUAAAUGUUUUCGUCAUCGAGGAGGCCGAUGUCAACUUGACAUUCACGGAAAGUUCCUUUGUGCCCAAGUUGCAGAGGAUAAAAGAUUGGCUCGGAAGUUAGGGCUUGGCAUUGGACUCCUUGUUGUCAUUAUUAUAACUGGGUUGCUGAUUAUAUGGCGCUGCAAGCGACGCGUUCCUGAGUUCUACUCAAAGAAAUACACAGAGAGUGACAGUGUCUACCAUGGGGUACCAGUCUUUUCCUUUAAGGAUCUUGAAGUAGCAACAAAAAAAUUUGACAGUUCAAGAGAACUUGGAGAAGGAGGAUUUGGAACUGUUUAUUAUGGAAAACUUAAAGAUGGACGUGAAGUUGCUGUGAAGCGCCUAUAUCAGCACAACUUUAAACGAGUUGAACAGUUCAUGAAUGAAAUCAAGAUCCUCACUCGGUUGCGGCACAGAAAUCUAGUGUCUCUCUAUGGCUGCACUUCACAUCAAAGUCAUGAGCUAUUGCUUGUUUAUGAAUACAUUUCAAAUGGAACUGUUGCCAGUCAUCUGCGUCGUGAGUCUGGUUUUUUGCCGUGGCAUAUCCGAAUGAAAGUUGCCUUAGAGACUGCUACUGCUUUGGCUUAUCUCCAUGCUUCUGAAAUCAUUCACCGUGAUGUGAAAACAAACAAUAUUCUUCUUGACAACACCUUUUGCAUUAAAGUUGCUGAUUUUGGACUGUCAAAACUGUUCCCAAAUGAUGUCACACACGUCUCCACAGCUCCACAAGGAACCCCGGGCUAUAUGGAUCCGGAAUAUCAUCAAUGCUACAGGCUUACAAGCAAGAGCGAUGUUUACAGCUUCGGGGUUGUGCUUGUUGAGCUGAUAUCAUCUAUGCCAGCAGUUGAUAUGACCAGAGAUAAGGAUGAGAUAAACUUGGCAAAUUUAGCAGUAAGGAAAAUUCAAAAAAGUGCAAUCCAUGAGCUGGUGGAUCCUUCCCUUGGUUUUGAGUCAGAUAAUGAUGUUAAAAAGAAAAUAGUUUCAAUAGCAGAAUUGGCAUUUCAGUGUUUGCAACGGGAUAAGGAAUUGAGGCCUUCAAUGGAUGAGGUUUUGGAGGUGAUAAGGAGAAUUGAUAGUGGGAGUGGUAGGGAUGAGUUUGGACAUGUAGAGGAAGUAAUAGACAGUGGAGCAAGGAUAUCAUGUAUCGAUGUGCGUUCACUGUCACCGUCUUCACCCGACCAUAUUGAGGUGAAAUUGUUGAAGAAUAAAAAGUUAACACCUUCUCCUAAGUCUGUGUCAGAAAAAUGGGAUAGUGAAUCCACUACUUCAAAUGCCAGUGGUCAAUCGGCAAGCCGAAUGUAAUAUGACACUUGUAACUUAAACCUUUUAUAUUUCUGAAGACCAUGAUAAAUAUUUCAUCAACACUUGUGUUAGGGUUAUGAUUGUAAAUUCUAUUUGCAGAUUCAAAGAUUAGCCAAAAGCUUAUGCAUAUUCUGUUAGUAA